ACGCGCCUCGCUGCUCCGUCCGGGUGCGUCCGCGCUGCGUGCGCGCAUGUGAGUGGCGAACGCGCAGCUCGUGGACGGAUUCAGAGGCAGCUUGAGGAGAACGCCGCACGCGUUUCCACGCGAUCGCUGAGGACGGACGUCGGGGGGAGGAGCGAAGCGCGCCGCGCGGUCACCGGUCUGAGCGGAUCGAUCUUCCGGAGCUCCGGCUGCAUGGCGCGCGGCGCGCGUGAGGACACGGGCUUGCGGAGGAAGGCGGCGAGCGAAGCCAAAGAUGCUUUCGAAACCAGGCAAAGCGAAGGGGGAAGCGUUUCGUAAGAGAAAACGUUCCGCGGCCGCGAUCAUGCGAGGGCAAACAGUGAGCGAGGCUCCUGCGUUCCACCGAAGCUCAAGUUGCAGUAGUUCUUGUGGAAGUGAAUCGAAGUGCUGAAGGGAGCCCGGUCGACGCUGCGAUGAGCCGAUCGGUGAUGCGCGCGUGAGAAAAGCUACUUCAAAACCAGUCGCGAUGUGGUGAACGAGGAGGAGGUGGCGGAAGAUACUUAAAACACACACUUCGGGCAGUACAUUUUAGGGACAUCGUUAUAAACGCAAGAGCAGACGCUGUGCACGCGAUGGCACGUCUGUGUGUUUUAAUUAACUCCGUUUUACUGUUGCUCUUCGGCAGUGACACGUUCUUGGUGGGAGCAAACCGGCCUCCUGCUCCAGUCAAUGUCUCUGUCAUGAACCUGAGAGCAGACUCGGCCACCGUGUCCUGGGAUGUACCCGAGGGAGACAUCAUUAUCGGCUUCUCCAUCUCACAGCAGAGGCAGGACGGCCACAUGCAGAGGUUCAUCAGAGAGGUCAACACGACGAGCCGUACGUGCGUCCUCUGGGACCUGGAGGAGGAGACAGACUACAUCAUCCAGGUUCAGUCCAUCGGGCUCUAUGGAGAGAGCCAGGCCAGCAAGAGAGUUCAUUUCAGGACUCUCAAGAAGUCCGACCGCUUCCCAUCCAACAGCUCCAAUCAAGAUGAUCCAACAGUGCAGGGCUUGGAUAAGUCCAGGAACCUUCAGACAGGGGAGAUGAUCAUCAUUGUUGUGGUGCUAGUCAUGUGGGCAGCGGUGAUUGCCCUGUUCUGCCGCCAAUAUGACAUCAUCAAGGACAACGACUCCAGCAACAGCAAAGAGAAAGUGAAGCCAUGCUCAGAGAGGAGCACCCCGGAGCAUCACAGCGGAGGGCUGCUGAGGAGCAAGUUUCACCCAUCCGUGCCCUCUAUCAACAUCAUCGAGGUCUGAUGUGAGUCGUGCACCACUAGCUCUGCCCGCACUUACACACUUAACCCCCCCCUUCCCUGUCCUGGUGGCGCUGGAGCCCCCUACC